UCUAAGUAUGGUUGGGGCCUGAAUGAGUGUUCACAUACAUGUCAGAGAACAAAGAGGAAGAGCAAGACGGACUGUGUGUGUGUGUGCACAUAACACACAUGAAAGUGGAAAUUCAGAGCUCAGCACAAAAAAAAGUGGAGCUCAAAGCUGCUGACAAGAUCAUUGAAGGGAUGUUUUGGAUUUAAACACAUGUGGAAUAUGAAAUCACAAGACUGAAAGGGAAACGAAACUUGGAGCAGAUCAUGGCAAAUGAGAGUUCUGCGUCAAACAGCAGCUUCUCAGGUUUAAACAAUCCCCAAUACAGUGAUGCAGAACUGGUGCUGUUAGCUGUUGCCAUGGCAAUUCUGGUACUGGCCAUAGUGUUUGGUAAUGUGAUGGUAAUUUCAGCCAUCCUGCGCUUCCAUCGACUCCAAACCGUCACCAACCUCUUCAUUGCCUCUCUGGCAGUGGCUGACCUCAUCAUGGGAGUGGUUGUGGUUCCAUUUAGUUCCAGUAACAUCCUACUGAGAUCCUGGAAGUUUGGGAACUUCAUGUGUGAAUUCUGGACAGCCGCAGAUGUGCUUUGUGUGACAGCGAGCAUCGAAACUCUGUGUGUGAUCGCUCUGGACCGCUACCUCGCCAUCACGUUGCCUCUGCGCUACCCAACCCUGCUCACCAGGGCUCGAGCCUUUGCGGCGAUACUCGCAGUUUGGGCGGUGGCCUCCCUCAUCUCGUUCCUGCCCAUCUACCUGAAGCUGUGGUUGUCAGAUGAACAGAAAGCUCAAGAUUGCAUGAAAAAAGAAGACUGCUGUGAAUUCCACACCAAUAAAGGAUACGCAGUGAUUUCCUCAAUAGUGUCCUUCUAUCUGCCACUGGUGGUGAUGAUUUUCCUGUACAGCCGUGUAUUUCAGGAGGCUCAAAAGCAGCUGAAGAAGAUCAGAGGUAGAGAGCGCCACUUCUAUAAAAUGCAUUACUCCACACAGCUCGCUUGCCCGGAUGAUAGCCCAGUCAUGAAUGCAUGCAGGGCAGAUAAUCGGGUGUUGGAGCCAAUGGCAGAGGACAGACUAAACAUGCAACAGCUGGCAGACGGAGAGUCCGACAAAGGAGAGAAAAACGAAGAAAACAGAGCUAACACACAAAAGGAGGAAGGAAAGCAUACUGCUGCGAAACGUCUUAAGUUUUCCUUGAAGGAGCACAAAGCUUUAAAAACUCUGGGGAUCAUCAUGGGGACUUUUACUUUGUGUUGGCUGCCUUUUUUCAUCCUCAACAUUGUCAUGGCCUACUACAAAGGGGACAGCAUAAAUGUGCCGUUUAGACUCCUCAACUGGCUGGGUUACUCCAACUCAGCCUUCAACCCGCUCAUCUACUGCCGCAGCCCGGAUUUCAGGCACGCCUUCCAGGAAAUACUCCACCUGAGGGGCAAAGGAGGGAGCUGGAGGGCAUGGGGAUGGUGCAGCAAGAGAAGUCGACGUUUGAACCUUCAACAAAGGCCCAACGGGAGCUUAAACACUGAUGGAGUAAGCAGGCUGGACACUCAAAACAUUUCUCUGUGGAGUGACAGUGCGCACACCUCCAAGCAAGCUGUGUCACUUACUCAGGUUGCACAAACUUCUUGCUCUGAGCAGGUUUUAGAUGUCGCUCCAGGUUCCAUGUCCACCUGGCCAACGAACAGUUCUUCAAAAUGGAGAUGUACGGAAAAUAAAGCUUCAGUGGUUUGAUCCGUUGAUCAAUAGAUUGUGCACAAUUGUUCAGUGACCACAAGUUUUCUACGCAUCAUUGACUCAACUAUCUGACUUCCAUGAAGCUGCAUCGUUGAACCUGUCAAUGUUAUUGGGGUUUUAUCUCUUUGCUGUUCCUCUGUGCUGCUGAACGUGUCUUAGUGCAAUUCUCCUAAUAACACAAAACCAUAAAAUAACUUUUUAGGCAAUACUGCAAGAUUAUAUAAAACAAUUUUAAAGAUUCUUGAAAUCUUGUUGACAAGCUGGCAUCACAAAGUAGAUUUGCAACAUUUGAUUAAUGUUUUAAUACAGAAAAUAUUUCUUGGAAUACAAUAAAACAUGAGUAUCAUCUUAAAAAUACCAAACAGACUCUGAAAACAAAUCCAUUUAAAAUCAAACCAAACCAUGGCUUAAAGUAGCAAAAGUUUUGUUCCAAUAAAAGAAUCCCUGUGGAACACUAAA